AUGAAAACUUUUUCAAAUAUUCUUGUCUUUAGAUCAGUUUUGUUAUUCAUUAUCGGUUCACAAUUAGUUGAAGGUUUCGUUGUAAAAAGCGAUAACGCAAACGACCAACAAGCUGAAAAUACUCAGUUCUUUUCUACGGCCAUAGUUGCAACGAUUGGAGCUCAUCUAUGGUCAUUUCUCAGUGGAUGCUUCCUAAAUAUGGAUAAUUUAAACAAGCUUUUCUUUCCUAAAUAG